AUGCCAAAACAUUCUUUUCUUCUAUCGAUUUUUUUUAAUUUCUUAAUUCUGCUCAAAGUCGUCACAUCGUCUAUACCAACUCUACCUCAUUCUUUAUUGGCAAACACAAACGCCUCUGAUGUGGCCCAAACCAUCCAACAAUGCAUUAUCAUUCGUAUUAGAGACGGUAUCCCAAUAAAAUUAAACAAGACUGAGAACGGAGAAAACUAUUUGAAUAUGAGAGAAAAUGAGCAGCUGCAACUGCUGUUUCACAAAUCAUGUGACCGAAAUGGCAACAAAUUUUUCAAGAAAGCAAGUUUUGUAAAUUACAACAGCACCGUGUUUCAGUUACAAUGCAUUGGAGGGUUUUAUACAAAUAGUGUGAAAUUGAAAGCCAACGAACGUCUGGUUGAUCUUCCUUAUGAUCCUUUACACGGUUUUUUUCUCAACAAAAACGAAUAUUCCGACAAGCAGUUCUACCAGUGUGAGUUCCAGGACGAGAGAGUUAGCUUUGAUUAUCCUGAUUUAACAACGGUUAAUGGAAGGUUCAGAAUGGAUGUGCAAUUGUACUCAACGACAAUGUCAAUAAACUGCAUCAUCGAAAACCCAUCAGAACUCGAAAACGUGACGGUGAUUCUGGGAUGCAACAAUCAAUCAAACUGCCGAAAAUUGGUGUUUCGUGAAAUUUCGGAAACAAAGGCGAUAUUUGGCACAUUCGUCAAUGUGGACCGAUCCUCAAACCCGCAUGACUAUUAUUGUGUGUUUCUGAAAAAUGAAGAAAUCGAAGCUAUGGCUUUUUAUCAAAAAGAAAAUCUACCGGUGACCGAAUGCGUGCUGGGAUUAUUAGGGUUUGGAAUGACUGGAGUGAUUCUUGUAUGGAUUAUUAACAGAAUCGGCCAACUAAAUAACAAUAAAAACCGUUCACCUACUUCAAAAUAUAAACACAAUAAGUCAAAAUAUAGCAAUACGGAUUUCUUGUUGUCAGAAAAAAAAUUACUGAUAGGUGGAAACUCGUCAAAAAUUUAUAUCGCCAAACAUAUUCCGUCCGAGAAAAACAUAGUUAUCAAAUAUUCCAAAAAUAAGAUGCAGUGUCGAAAAGAAUUUGAAAUUUUGAAAAAUCUGUGUCAUGCAAAUGUAGUGAAACCUUAUGGAUACACAAAAUUGAACACGAAAAACGGAUUCUUCAAAAAACCUGUUGAGCAUUUGUUACUUCCAUAUUAUCAGAAUACUUGUCUUGAGCAGUAUAUCAAACAAUUCUAUCCAGUGUCACGGGCCGGUGAUACAUUUCAUAGUAAUGACGAAUCAAAAAAGGAACUGACUCUGUUUGACAUGGUUUCUAUUGGAUGGCAAGUAGCAAGAGCUUUGAAGUAUUUGCGAGAGCAAAAUAUCACUCAUCGAGAUGUUGCAAUGAGAAAUGUGCUCAUAACGGACCAUUUGUUAUGCAAACUCACUGAUUUUGAAAGAGCGGAAAAGGGAGAAACAAGGAAAGUCAGUGUUGCCACAAAGCUAUAUAGGUUUUUCACAAUACAAACUGGUGACGUUCCAAAGAUGUACCCCAUUGAAUGUGAUGGAGGAGCUUAUUACUAUUCGUCAGAAGUGUAUUGCUUUGGACUUCUUUUGUUGGAAAUGUUUCAGUUCACAAAACCUAUGGAACCACAGAAAAAAUGGCCUCCACAUCAACCGCAGAACUGUCCAAACGUGAUUUAUGAAAUCAUUGCGGAUUGUCUGAAGGUGGAAAGAAGACGUCGUAUUAGCAUCAAGGAAUGUGAAGCGAAACUGGAAAUGAUUGCAAAAUUUAUGAAUGAAAAUAAAUUACAAGAUAUCAAAACAGAACUGAUAAAAGAAGGAAUCCCACCAACAGGCGAUCCUCUUGCACCUGUCAAAGAAGCGGAUAAAUCAGAUUACAUACCGGCUGAGAAUCUUUUUCUGUCGAUCUGA